AGUUCUCGCCUUCACGGCAGGCAAAUCAAGCAAGCAGAUAUAGUAAAAUCCAAACCAAGGCUGUGGAACAUUAGGAACCAAACGCUCGGUCGCGCAGGUUGUGUGUAGUCGGUUCUUCGUUGACGAGAAAAACUACUUCUAGUGGAAGCAAAAUUUAUUAUUAUUUAUCUUCACUUGUCCCGUUCAUCACCGUAUCUGGUAGCAGAAAAAAAAAUCGAAAAACGGGUGUGUGUUGUAAACGGAGAGAAAAUUGAGGUUUUAUAAUCGAUUAUACCAACACUGGCGGUGGAAAAGCUUUGUGUUUCUUCUGACGGCGCGCGGUUCGAAAACGGAAAGCCCAUACUAGUUGGUUGUGCUGCCCAAGAAAGGUGACAACGUUGGUCAAUUUUCGUGCGAAGUCGCUGAGCCGUGUGUGCUGAGGAGUUAAUUUAUUUGAAAAUAGUUCACCAUACUGACAAAUCAAGGCCUUUGUUAAAACGAGAGAAUUACCCUGCAGGAAAAGGGUGCAGUGCAGUGCUUUACCUAUCGUGUGCAUUGAAGAAGUGCCCGAGUCAGAAAAAUCGCAUCACUGGGAACGAGCUGUCAAAUUCCAUACAAAAUGAACGGAUACGCAGACCUGUCUAGCAACAUAGAAAACAGCCGGAACUGCUUACGACGAAUUGCACGACAUGACGAUCAGGAAUUCUCGAAUCAAAGCAUUCUCAACGCCAUGGAGAAGUUUGUCAAGACAGUCAAUGCCAUGGAAGAGACGAUAUUGGUGCCUUGCCGACUGAUGGACCGAAAGGUUGGCGACUCCACCGACACAAUGCCCGUGGAGCAGAAGCACCAUUCGCAUCAUUACGGCAAGAAAACCGGCAAGGCGUCCGUCCGGGACGCACUGAACACAUCGGACCUGUUCCGGCUGUACAACAUGCUGAACAUGGUCAAGGUAGAUCUGCUCUGGGGCCGCCAGGAUUCGGAAGAAACCUCGGAGACGGCCGAACAGAGCGCGGACAAAAAUGCAGCACGGUACAAGCAGAAAUCGGCAUCGCCGGCUCCGGCUCCACAGCCACCAGUAGAGCCAGCUGUCCUGUCGAACAGCAGCAGUCCGGUGAGUGAUACGGCAGGUAGUAGCGUUAAGGGUCACAUUCGUCGUCCGAGCACCGUGUCGACGACUUCCACCAACAGCGUAAGCACACUGAGCGAUUCCGAGAGCGAGAUCAGCGCCGAGAACGAUUCCGGAAUCGAGUCUGAGGGUAGUGUAGAUCAGGACAAAAGCAUCGAGCUGGCCAAACAGUUCCGAACACACCUGCUGGGGUUGUACCGAUCGCUGGAACAGAUGACCGAGGCGGCCAACUACUUGACGGCUCGGUAUCAGAGCGACGUGGGACCGGUCUAGAGGGUCUCACUCCCGUGCGAUCAAACAAGAGAUAGAGACAGGUAGAGUUAGACGGAAAAUGUUCCCCCGGUGAUAGAAAAGUGUCCCCAAGACUACACACGCAUGUGUUCGCGCGGCGCGCGUGCGCGUUCAGUUUCUAUGUGAGAACGUGAAACCAAAUUUCUAAAAAAAAAAAUAUUGUCAGAAAAUACUUUAGUAAUAGUGCGCAAAAGCAUCAGACGGCAAACACUUUGUAUGCGUGUACUUGUGUAGUAGUGUGUAAGCAGCCCCUUAACAAUCCCUUUCGUACGAUUUUUCUGUAGGUUCUUUUGCAGUGUUGUAGGUGCUGUUAGUGCACUGAUCAAAGUGUGAGCGGUUAGGAUGAGUGGACUAGAAUGAGUUCAGCAGAGACACAGCAUGAAGCGAAUGGCGAAUUUAUAAGUUCAUGCACACAUUUAGAUAAUAAUGAUACUAAAAGUAGGAAACUUCAAAGAUCUGUUCGUGUAUGACACUUUCUAAAAUCAAAAUAAAAUGUGUCAAAAGAGUCAUACGCUCCUGCUUCCAGAGUGUUUCGCUAAACUCAGUCUAUCUAUUGUAUACAGUGGUGACACAACAGAUAGGAAUGAUUUAUUGACUAUUUAGUUUAGUAAUGAGCGGAGAUAGAGGUGAACAAGAUUAUUUAUUGUAAAGUAAUUAAACAGCGAUGAAACAUUUUUCUCGGAUUAUCCGCAUGUUUGCUCGUUUUUCCCUCUUCCAUUUGUUUGUGCGGAAGUUACACGCGUGUGUGUGUGUGUUGGGUCUUAGCGCAAACCGACAGGAUUUAGCAGAUAAAAAGCAAUCAUUCAGGUCCCAAGUCGGCAGGCUUGCUCUGCGUUGGGAGUUUAAAGUGCAUGUUUUGAGAUUAAAGAAAUCAUUUCUGAAUAUCAACCGAAUCGGAGGCUGAAGCUAUUUUCAGGAAAAUGCCAGAAAGGAAGCUUGGGGUUAGGUGAUAAAAGCGUGAAGGAAGUCAAAUUCAGUGAUAUAAUUGAAGAAUGUUAUCUCGAGCAAAGAGAGAGAAAAAAUAACAAAUCAUUGUCGACGGUCAGAUGCAUAAGCAAGUAAGAUAUUUUGUUCCGGCGAAGAAGCUUGUAAAUAUUCGUUUUGUAAACAUUAGGUUAUUGUUUUCGCUUGAUUUUUUCUUCGUGACUGGUAGUUAAGAAGCUAAUGAAGAAGACUAAAUAGUUAGUGCAGGAAGUAAGUUGGAUACAGAAUGCAAAUUUGGUGGUAUGGUUUUAAUAUUGCUCUGUAGUCUGAACAUAAAGUUUAGACUGAACUCCUAGCGUUUAAGGUUACAAAACUUGCAAGCUUUCAAAAUAUCCAUUUUGGUUUGUAGCAAAAUUGGCUGACAUUACGCUUUUGUGGCUUGGUCCGACUUCUAUUGGGCUGUUUUGUAAAUCUAUUUCGCAAACCAGUGACGUUACGGGAAUAUGUUAGAACAAAUUUCCCCAAGCAUUUACUUUUUCAGACAAGAUUGCCCAAGCAAAAUACCUGGCACAGUUAAUUGUAUAAAAUUAUACCUUGAAUUUUCUUUGUAUAUUUCGAUUUGUUAUUCGAUGAUAUAUCGCGAAUUCGGUUUGAUCUAUUAAAAUUCUUAGGGAUUUUGGCCAAGCAUAAGCUGAUGUCAGUCACAAGAAAAAACUAUGUUCGCUCCAAAACUGCCGAUUUCCACUGCGAAUGUUUUAGGCCAACUUCUACACCGCCUUAAUACAGAUGACAUCAUCUUCUGAAGUUAUUUACUUUUCCUACAAUUAAUCCACGGAAUAUUUUCACAGUUAUUUCGCCUAAAAAGCUUGGUAGCAGGUUUUCUUGUAAACACAACAAAAUUUAAGCUUUUUAUCGCAGUUUGCUCGCAAUGUUCAGCUUCCUCAUGUUUUGCUCAAUUUAGAUUUAACCGUUUCAACUUUAAGCUUAUUUAUUAAAAAUACUUCUCAUCAUAAGCUGAUCAUCAAGUAGCAAACUGGCCGACAAAUUCGUAAACUCAAACGCAACUACUGAUGUCAACUGUAUUACCUUUCUCUCGUGAAAAAGUUAAAAAACUUAAAUUUUUUCUACCUCCAAAAAAUGGAAGUUUAGGAAAAAAGCUGCGAAGUUUGUCGAUUCACUCAAGCUACACAAGUUUUGACUAAUAUUUUUCAUGUAUCGUGCAAUGGGUUCACAAUGACCGACACCGUCGACGACUUUAUUCGUUCGCUAUCCGUCGAGUUGAAAGGGAAAAUGCAAUAAAAGAUAAUUGAGUGCAAUUGACAAACGCGAGAGGAAGGUUUGCUAGGCGGGGGAAACUUCGCGAACAACGGGUAUGACUUGUCGACUUGGGUGAAGUGAAAGAAAACAUGCAAAGGCUAAACACAACUACACUGCAGUGGAAUGUUUUGUUCGUACGACUUAUGUUUAGUAUCGAUUCAUUCCGUUAUUUUUAAUUAAGCAAAAAGCAGUGGAGGAGCGAAUAAAUUAAAAAAAAAAUAAUGAAAGGACAAACCGUGGAAACAUUACGCAACAUUGUUGUGAUAUGAAUUCAAAUUCAAAAGAAUCGCGAAUAAUGCUGAAGGUAGUUAGCUUGUCACAAAAUUCGGGUGAGUUCUCUGUAAUGCACUCACUUUUGGUAUAGUGUAUUGAACGAAUAGGAUGGAAAUUAUGAUAAAUGAUUUCAUACGAAAGCGAACACAUACAUAAGCAAGAGAUAAAACGCUAGAGAAACAAUGGUUGAUAUAGAGAAAAUGUUAUAAAAAGAAUAAAUUUCAGUAAUAAAAUAAACUUAGAAAAUAAUCAA